CCGGAAGAGGGGGACGGACGGGGGAACCAAGAUGGCGUUGCUACGCUGUAGGCGAGACCCGUGUGGAUUUAUAUGUCUCAUACUAACUUAUUUCAGCGUCUUUUACGCCGAUUACGUGGUGAUUCAGUAUGUCCUCAUCCCUGCCUACUCGGGAAGGGGCUUUAUUGACAUGGGAAACGUGUUACCAUUGCCAAAGCAAGUGAGUGUGUGGUGUACACUACAUGGGUCAGUGUUUAACUUGAUUCUACUACUGCUGCUGGCCUGUCACUCCAAAGCUGUCUUCUCAGACCCAGGUAUGGUUCCCCUACCAGAGACGGCUAUCGACUUCUCUGACCUGAGGUCCCAGAAUUCACACAUGAAUGAGAGGGGCUGUGAGGGCUGGACUGUUUGUAGUCGUUGUGAGACCUACCGCCCCCCCAGAGCUCACCACUGUAGAGUAUGUCAGAGAUGCAUCCGACGCAUGGACCACCACUGUCCCUGGAUCAAUAACUGUGUUGGAGAGUUGAACCAGAAGUACUUCAUCCAGUUUCUCUUCUACACAGGUAUGGCCAGUCUCUACUCCAUGGCUCUGGUGGUGUCAGCCUGGGUGUGGAGAAUACGGAGCGAGAGAGACGGGGAAGGAGAGAAGGAAGGAGAGGAGUCUCCCAGCAAACACCUGAUUGUAGCUCACUACAUCAUUCUCCUGGUUGAGUCGGUGUUGUUUGGAGUGUUCGUCGUGGUCAUCUUCUACGACCAGUUGGUGUCCAUUAUAACAGAUGAAACUCCUAUAGAACAUUUGAGGAACAGACUGAUGAAAGACAGAACAUCGAUCACCAGCAGCACCUCUGAGCCACCGACACACAUCCCACACACACGCAAGCCCAAACUAGCCCUGCUCAGAGAGGUCUUCGGGAGAGGGUCGGUGUUCUGUUGGCUGUUCCCUCUACAUUCCAGUCCCCCUACCGUCGGUGGAAUCAGCUACUCGGCUGUUCCGGAUUAUGAUGUGUAACGUUCCCGCAACCUUCAAACAACAUUCUGUGACGACAGCGUUUUAACAUUCCUUCAACGUUGUGGUUACGUUACGGUCAUCAUGUAAUUAGGGCUGUCAAAUGAUUCAUUGAAUUCGUGGCGUUUGUUAAUCGCAAUUCGUCACAAUGUUUGAUACACACACACACUCACACACACA